UGCUUUGACGAACUCGUCAGUACACUCAGGUGUGUGUAUGUGUCUGUAUGUGUGUGUGAAACUGAAAUGAAAUAAACAGUUUCUCGUCGCUGACAGUUGUCCUGAGCAGACUACCGGAUGUUCGCCUGUACCGACAGGACUGAUUCAGGAGGUCUGUCGCAGUGAGACCAGCAGGAGGGGGAGGCGUUCCUGCUGCUUCCAGCAUGGAGAGCGCUCACAGCCUCCUCCUCAACGAGGAGGCGUGCGAUCAGCUGAGUGAACACCAGCGAGCGGAGUUCAUCUAUGAGUGGCUGAGUCACCUGAAGAAGCUCCUGGCGGCCACCCAGCGGGCUGAUGUGCGGCAGCACCAGCGGCGGCUGGUGGAGCAGCUGUCGGCCGUUCUGACUGGCUCUCCCGGCCCGCCGACGCGCUGGCUGCUGUCUGACUGCAUGGCCCUGCUGUUCAGCGUGGGAGACCCCCUUCCUUCCAGCCUGGUGGUGGACAGGUGUCACGACAUCAUCCGCAGCAAAGACGACUCGCCGUCAGGACUCCCCACACGACUUGCUGCAGUGGCGUGCUUGGGCGGCCUGUACGAGCAGCUGGGUCGGAUGCUGGUGGGCUCCUUCAAAGAGACGGUGACUCACCUGCUGAAGGCCAUGAAGAGCGCCGAGUCUCAGGGCCGGUAUGAGAUCAUGCUGUGUCUCCAGAGGAUUCUGGGAGGUUUGGGUGUUGCUGCGUCGUCGUGUCACCGUGACAUCUACAAGGCGGCGAGGUCGUGCCUGACCGAUCGCUCCAUGUCUGUUCGCUGCGCCGCCGCCAAGUGCCUCCUGGAGCUGCAGAGGGAGGCGGCGUUCCUGUGGAGCAGCGAGUUGGAGAACAUGGCCACGCUCUGCUUCAGAGCCCUGGAGGGAUCGAACGUCAGCGUGCGGCUGGCUGUUUCCAAACUACUGGGGAGACUUCUGGCUUCAGCUGUGGAGCCCCCAUACACACACACUGCAGCCCCCAGGCAGGGUGGGCGUGGGCGGAGCUCCCUGGAGGAGGUGAUGGAUCUGCUGUGGGGGGGCUUCCUGCGGGGGGGCGGCGGCUUCCUGCGAGCCAGUGGAGACAUGUUGAAGGGGACGAGCUCCGUCAGUAAGGAGGUCCGAGUGGGAGUCACACAGGCCUGCGUGGUGUUGAUCUCCUCCCUCGGCGCCUCCUGGUUGGAGGUGAACUUCCCGGCCUUCCUGUCGCUGCUGAUGGAGCUGCCGUCUCAUGGUCGGGCGACGCAGACGCCGGGGGACGCCGUCCUGACGCGUGCCUGCGUGUCCUUCAUCCUGAGGAGCACGCUGGGCUCCCUGCUGGGAGAGAAGGCCCAAACCAACGCAGCCAAGCAGCUCUGCCUCACUGUGGCUUCACACAGGCGAGCCAUCGAAGCAGCUCAGACUGAUGGAAACGUGGAGUCCAGAGUUUCCUCUGCAGACAUCUCAGCCGGUCAGCACGUCCUGGUCUGCUGUCUGCAGGAACUGGGGGCUCUGGUUCUGGGGCUGGGCUCCACCGCCGGCCCCCUGCUGACAGACACCAGCACAGCCCUGCUGGACACGGUGGUGUCCGUCCUCCUCCACCCCCUCCCCUCCGCCCGGCUGGCCGCGGCCUGGUGUCUGCGCUGCGUUGUCACGGCGAUGCCGUCACAGUGCUCGCCGCUGCUCGACCGCUGUGCCGAGCGCCUGGUGGCCAUGAAGUCGUCCCCCGAGGCCGUGGCCGGGUACGGGGCCGCCGUCGCUGCCCUGGUGGCCGCCGUGCAGCAAUGCCCCCUGGGAAUACCACACACCAAGGGCACGAUGGUGUUGGCCCUGGCUGAGGACCUCCUCCGUUCAGCCUCCCAGAACAGUCGUAUGGCUCUGCAGAGGACUCAGGCCGGCUGGCUGCUCGUCUCCUCGCUCCUCACUCUGGGCCCGGCCGUGGUGGAGCACCACCUGCCCCGGCUCCUCCUCCUGUGGCGGUGUGUGUUUCCUGCGUCAAUCAGGGAGCAGGACAUGGAGCUGCGGCGAGGGGACUACUUUACGUGGCAGGUUACACUGGAAGGACGCGCCGGGGCGCUGAGCGCGAUGAAGAACCUGCUGCUGCACUGCGAGGAACUCGUCACUGAUGAAAUCCUCAGCCGUCUCCUCACGCCUUUGGCCUGUGCUGUGGCUCUGCUCACCAAGCUGCCGUCUCUGGUGGGCUCGUACGGUUCCUCGGUUCGAUGCUGGUCUGUGGUCUACAGACUGAGAGUGUACGAGCUGCUGUCGCUGCUUCCUCCACAAAGCUACCAAGAGAGUUUCGGCUUGGUGAUGAACCAGCUGGUGUCGGAUCUGUCGGGUCAGGACAACCUGAACCAGCCCUGCUCCGAGCUCACGCUGCUGCCGCCCCUCUGUCACCAUGACGACCUGUCGCUGGUCGGCCCCGCCCUCCACCUCACAGACCACCAAUACAUUGAGGAGCAGCUCCACAGCAGCAGCAGUGUGGGCGGAGCCUCCCUCGACCACGACGCCUUCAGUCUGUGUGACGCCGGCGAGGAGACUCCCGCUCCCCUCCCGCCUCCUGUCGCCCUGACCGCCGCCGCCGUCCGACUGUUCGGAACGCUGUUCCCCCACAUUAUCUCCGCUCAGCGAGUGAAGAUUACGGAGCAGUUCGUAGAAUCUGUGAAGCAGCUCAAAGGCCAGAGGCAGCAGACGGUCCAGACUCAUGUGUGUGCUGCCCUCUGCAGCGUGCUGAAGCACCAGGGCAGUGUCCGCGGCUCCCUGGGGCCUGAGGAGCUCCGGGGUCCGGCUCUGUCUCUCCUGUCGGGGGCGCUGGAGAGCGGCAGCCCCCUGCUGCGCUGCCUGGCCGCUGAGGGUUUAGCCCGGCUGGUUCAGGUGGUCGGAGACCCCGGAUUCACCGUGUCUGUGUCGCUGCUGUGCUUCGACAGGCUGAAGACGGCUCGUGACGCAGCGUCUCGCAGCAGCUACGCUCUGGCUCUCGGGGCGCUGCAUCGCUACGUUGGAGGGAUCGGCUCGGCCCAGCACCUGUCCACCUGCCUGGGAGUCCUGUUCACCCUGAGCCAGGACAGCACCUCACCCGAGGUCCAGACCUGGUCUCUUCACAGCCUGUCCAUGGUCAUCGACCUGUCCAGCGGUCUGUAUCGGAGUCACGCCGAGCCGUCCUUCACGCUGGUGCUGCGCCUGCUGCUGUCGACUCCGCCGACCCACCCUGAGGUGCACCACAGCCUGGGACGCUGCUUGAACAGUCUCAUCACCUGCCUGGGCCCCGACCUGCAGGGUGACGGGGCCUCGGUGGCGGCGCUGCGCUCCAGCUGCCUGGUGGGCUGCGGUGUGAUGUGGGCGGGUCCAGACUGUGAUGUUCAGGCUCGGUCCGUCUCCUGUCUGCAGCAGCUGCACAUGUUCUGUCCUCAUCAUGUCAUCCUGACAGACCUGGUCCCUGCUCUGUGUGGGAACCUUUGCAGCUCCUUCCUUUGCCUGCGGCGCGCCGUUGUUGCGUGUCUGCGGCAGCUGGUCCAGCGGGAGGCGCUGGAGGUGGCUGAACAUGCCGUCACUCUGGUAAAAGACCUGCCGAGACGCGACAAUACACAGCUUGACGUCACCAUCAAGGAGGUGGGACUGGAGGGAGCGCUGUUCGCUCUGCUGGACCGCGAGUCUGACCCGGGCCUGAGAACCGACAUCCAGCAGACGCUUGUUCACAUGAUGGCGUCCAGCAACAGGCUCGGUCACUGGCUCAAGCUGUGCAAGGAUGUCCUGUCUGCAACCACAGAUGCUUCAGGGGAGGGCUCUCAGGAUGAGGAGGAGGCGGACGCCGGCCGUGACGAUGACUCGUCGGCGUUCACGGCGCGGCCGGAGUCGAGCGGCCCGUUCACGGCGCUGCGCUGGACCACCCGGCGCUUCGCGGUGGAGUGUGUGUGCCGCAUCAUCGAGCAGUGCGAAAACGGCGACCUGGCUCACUUCGACAUGGCGCUGGCUCAAGAGCGCCGGCUGCACGAGUCCGCCGACUUCCUGGUGCUCCAUCUCGGUGACCUGGUCCGCAUGGCGUUCAUGGCGGCGACGGACCACAGCGAGCCGCUGCGGCUGGCCGGACUGCAGACGCUGCUGGUCAUCAUCAGACGCUUCUCAGACGUCCCUGAACCUGAAUUCCCUGGACACGUGAUCCUGGAGCAGUACCAGGCUAACGUGGGAGCCGCUCUCAGACCUGCCUUCGCCGCGGACGCCCCUCCUGACGUCACGGCCAAGGCCUGCCAAGUGUGCAGCGCGUGGAUCGCCAGCGGUGUUGUCAGCGACUUACGCGACCUGCGGCGCGUCCACCAGCUCCUCGCCUCCUCAUUGGCUAAAGUCCAGAGUGGGCGGGACACGUCUGGACAGCUGUACAACGAGGCCGCCACUACCAUGGAGACGCUGGCUGUCCUCAAAGCGUGGGCUGAGGUGUACAUCGUGGCUGUGCAGCGCGGCAGGAUGAAGGAGGGUUCUGAUACGCUGCCGGACCUCUCCGACUCCUGUCCAACCAAUGAGAGCUCAGGUCCUGAGUCCGGGGGGGCGGGACUUCUGAAGCUGGUCCAAUCGGAUGUGUUGACGCUGAGCCGCCUGUGGCUGGCGGCGCUGCAGGACUACGCUCUGCUCACACUCCCACAGGAGGACCACUCCUUGCAGCUCCCUGCAGAAGGAGGAUCCUUCUACACUGCAGAAACCUCCAGCCAGGCCACCGCUCAUUACUCCUCCUCCUGGGCUCCCAUCCUCCACGCCACCUCCCUCUGGCUCCACAGCACCGGUUUUUUGACAUCGGACGACUCGCCUGCCAACUUGUCCAGGCCGGUCACACCCACCUCCAUGGGGCGCAGCAGCUCUGUGGGCGGAGCUAAAAGUCCAGAGGACGUGAACACGGAGAGGCUGAACCUGAUCCUGGGGAUCAGUGUGAAGUUCCUGUGUUCUCCACACUCCGAGGACCAGAUGGAGAACAUCAUGUCCUGUCUCAGAGCUCUGCAGGAGCUCCUCGACAUCCCCUGGCCUCGAGCCAGGAUCGGGAACGACCAGGCUCUGAGUGUGGAGCUCGUCAGCGUCCUCCACAGGUUGAUGGUCACCAGAGAGUCGGCUUGCGUUCAGCUGGCCGUGUUGGAUUUGCUGCGACAGAUCGUGACGGCGGCGCAGGAGCUGGUCAGAGAGAAACGCCACAGCGCUGAAGUGGAUGAUGGCGCAGCAGAGAAAGAGACACUGCCUGAGUUCGGGGAGGGACGGGACACAGGCGGUUUGAUUCCCGGUCACUCGCUGGUGUUUGGGGCGCUGGAGGUCUGCCUGUGCGUGCUGCUCCGCAAAAUCCCACAACUCAGCCCCAAACUGUCCGGGAGCAGUCCUACAGGUCCUGCCGCUGCAGCGAGCACUCUCAGUGACUCUGACGCUGGCCUGGUGGUCUCUGCUCUGUCUGUCCUCUCCGAGCUGCCGUCCGUCUGCUCCCCUGAAGGCAGUGUGUCCAUCCUCCCCACCGUCCUCUACCUGCUGCUGGGAGUCCUCAGAGAGAUGGUUUACCUGCCCGCCUCACACACAGCUGCCCCAGCAGCGAGUCCAGGGGGUGUGGUCAGUUCGGGGGGCGUGUGCGGUCCGGGCCCGGUGGUCCCGGCGGUCCUCCAGGCUCUGAAGUCAGUCCUGACGUGUCCGAUGAGUCGGCAGGAGAAGAGCCGUGGAGCCUGGAAGCUGCUGCUCAGAUCCGCUCUGCACACGCUGCUCACGCUGUGGGACACGGAGUGUGGUGUAGGUGUGGAUCAGGUCAGCCUCCUCACCGCUCUCACUGUCUUCCUGCUGUCUGCUGGGCCGGACGUCUGCAUGGUGGAGCCUCUGCACACACUCAGUCUGCAGCGCUUCACCGCCUGCAUGGAGGACAAGGACCCACUGGUGGUGAGUCGCUGCCACCAGCUGCUGGCCUCCAUCUUUCAGGCUCCGCCCACCCUCGCUGUGCCCUACAUCCAGGCCCUCGGCCCGCCGCUGGUUCGAUUCCUGCAGCAGGUGGAGCGUCGUCGUCCUCAGACUCCGGACGAGCUUCAGAGCGUGCUGGAUGGCGUUCGAGCUCUGGAGGUUUUGAUUCAGGCCGCCUCCGAGAGUCAGCGCCCUCACCUGCUGGCAGUCCUCCUCCCACUCCUCAUCUCCUUCCUCCUGGAUGAAAACGCUCUUGGCUCCGCCCCCACCGCAUCCCGCUCCCUCCACGAGGCGGCGCUCAGAGAGCUCAUGCGUCUCGGCCCGCAGCACCCGGCGGUCUUCAGGUCCCUCCUGACGUCCUCUCCUCACCUGAAGUCUCGUCUGGAGGCCGCCGUCAAGAACCAGCAGAGCGCCAACGCCAAACCCAGCCCCGCCUCCCCGGCCUCCCGCGCCGCCGCCAAGACAUCGCCGAGCAUCACGCUCAAGACCAACUUCCUCUGAGGCGUCCGACCGAAAGCCAUAAACACCACGGUGUGUUCACUGUCCCUCAAACAAAAUCUACGGUGUGUUCAGGGUCCCUCAAUCACUGUGGUGCAUUCACUUUCACCUGUGUGGACUGUGUUGCGUUUAGCAUCGCCUGGACAAUCACAGCGGCGUGUUCACUGUCCAUCAAACAAGCAACGCGGCGCAUUCAAUGUCCCUUUGAAAACUACCAUGUUGCGUUCACCGUCCCUCAAACAAAACACUACAAUGUGUUCACUAUCUCAGACAAUCACCGUGAUGCAUUCACUGUCUCUCAAACAAACACUACAAUGUGUUCACUGUCUCUCAAUCACCAUGAUGCAUUCACUGUCUCUCAAACAAACACUACAAUGUGUUCACUAUCUCUCAAUCACCAUGAUGCAUUCACUGUCCCUCAAAUAAACACCAUGUUGCGUUCACUGUUCCCCCACCAUUGGGCUGGAGGCCUGGGGGACACAGCUCACUGUCAGAGACAGACAUCUCACCAACACUCUAAAAUCACGCGGUGCUGCAUUUAAGGACACCUCGUUAAGCAUUACUCUUUAUUGUCAACACUCAGCAACAUUUAAUCGUUUUUCUGACGCGUCCUGAAGCUGUCAGAGGGUCAGAGCUGCUUCAGGUUGAGGUUUUCACCUGUGGAGGUCGUAGCAAUCAGACGUCCCGAUGACUUUUAUUCUGGACUGAAGAUUCACACUUUGUUUCACCACUUUGAGUCAUUUCCAGCCUGUCAGCUUCGCUCUGGUGUGUCUGCUGUGACGCUCGGAAGAACGCUGAGUCACUGGAUCGCAGCCUGAGGUCCAGGAACCCCUCUGGGGGCGUCAUAAGUCACGAGAGGAGCAAGCAGAACACCACCAGAAUAGCACACUUUGUGAAGCAGUUUUCCAGUUACUAGCCAUCUUUUCAGUUGCUUCCUCUUUAAUUUCUUUUUCAUUUUGCAUCUCUGAUCAUUUGUUGUUGUUUUUUUUAAUUCAGAUUUCUUUGUGGAUCAUUUUGUGUUUGCCUAGUUUGAUCAUUUCAUCAUAUUUUACAUGUUUUGUGUCUUUUUGUUUCGCAUAUCUCUUAACAAUGUGUCAGACUUUCAGAAUAUCUAACACUCAUCUCAACAUGCACAUGUUGUGACUCCUCAUGUGCUGAAUGUGCACAGCAGAGAGAAACACACUACAGGGUGGCCCUUUACUGGGUGUUUGCUCAGUAAAGAAAGGUCGCGAGACAGCGGUGUGGAAACCGUCCUGCAGGCUUUGAAUGUGGUGUUUGGGGAUGUACAGUGGCCUGUCAGGGACAUUUCAGCUUCAGCACUUUAGUUUUAUAACAUGACACAAUCAGACUGUGAAUGUUUGUGUCGUCUACAACACUAAACCUCACAUCAGUGUGCACACUGUGUGUGUGUUUGUUUCUAACACCAUGAAGUCAAUAAAAGUCUUGUUGAACUGCA